CUAAGCACACACAUCUUCUCUUCUGCUAGAUACUGGUGAGUUUGUGAAAUCAGAAACAUGACUGUGCGUUACAGGUUGGAAGCUUAUGUCGAAAUUAAGGCCUCAGCUCACAAGUUCUACGAAGUCUUUAGAAGCCGACCUCACCACGUUCCCAACAUCUCUCCUUCUCGGAUUCCUAGUGUAGAUGUGCAUCAAGGUGACUGGCAGACUCAUGGCUCUGUCAAAGUCUGGAAAUACUCCCUAGAUGGCAAGAAAGUUCUGACCUACAAAGAGAGAGUUGAGUUUGAUGAUGAAAGUAAAACCGUGACUCUGGUUGGGUUGGAAGGAGAUGUGUUUGAGGAUUUCAAAAACUACAUAACUGUUUUUCAGGCAAUUCCAAAGGAUGACUGCAUCAGUGUGGUGAAAGGUGUUAUUGAGUAUGAGAAACUGAAGGAGGAUGGCCCGGAUGGAAUUAAAAAUCUUGAUUUUGUUGUCGGCUUGAUCAAAGACAUUGAAGCACAUCUUGUCCAGGCAUGAAAGAAGGACCUAUUCCUCCACGGCUCCACCACCUCAAUCAUUUCGUUGAUUCUGCAAUAAGACUUGGGAUGCAUGCAAGUUUCAAUUAAGCUACUGUCUACUUUAAUUUGCUUUGGACCUUUGGUUAUGUAAUAAAUAUGCAAUACUGUGUGUGUCUCUCUGAGUGAUGAGUAAGCGUCUGUGAGAUGCUAUUAUCAGAACAACUUGUAUUUGCAUAAAGUUAAUAUUUAAUG